CUCUCAUUCAAGCGCUACGCUACACCAGGAUGAAGCGCUGCAGCCCCGCCGCAAACUCGCAUCCCUCAACUUGUUGCUCGCGCGCCGGCAUCAGCUCCUCGGUUGCGGAGAGCGAUCCAGCAUGAGGGCUGCGUGCCUCCUGCUCUUCGUGGACCUCUGGAUGUGCGGCUCCGACCGGGCAGCGGCGGGACGCGGACUCAACGACACCUCAGUCCCGGCGGAGAGGACGCUCUCUCCCGGGGAGCGCUCGCUCAACCUUUCCGGCCCGCCGGAGAACCGGACCUCGGUGUUCUUCCUGCUGGACCUGGACGAGGGGAUGCUGGAGGACUGGCGCUCCCUGGCCAGCAGGAAGCGGCGCGGCGGGGAGUGGCAGGACGGGAGCGUGAAGGCGCUGCUGGUGGCCGCCUACUCUCUGAUCAUCGUGGUCUCCCUGUUCGGGAACACGCUGGUGUGCCAUGUGGUGGUGAAAAACAAACGCACCCAGUCCGCCACCAGUUUGUUUAUCAUGAACCUCGCCGUGGCCGAUAUUUUUAUCACUGUGCUCAACACACCCUUCACCCUGGUCCGCUUUGUGAACAGCACCUGGGUGUUUGGGAAAACAAUGUGUCACAUCAGCCGCUUCGUUCAGUACUGCUCCCUGCACGUCUCCACUCUGACUUUGACGGCCAUAGCGCUGGACCGACGUCAGGUGAUUUUACACCCUUUAAGGCCCAGAAUGUCCCCGGCUCAGGGCGGCGUUUGGGUUGCUGUGAUCUGGAUAAUGGCCAGCUGCUUCUCCCUCCCGCACGCAAUCUACCAGAAACUCCUGACCUUUUCAUACAGUAAGGAGAAUAGGCGAAGCCUGUGUAUCCCAGACUUCCCGGAGCCAUCGGAUCUGUACUGGCAGUAUAUUGAUCUCCUGACCUUCAUCCUGCUUUACAUGCUGCCUCUCCUCAUCAUCACCGUCUCCUACACCACAGUUGCUCGCCGGCUGUGGCGCCACAACGCCAUCGGCGACGCCACCACGGCCCAGCACGCCACGCAGAGGCGGAAGCGCCGGCGGACCCUGGCCAUGCUGCUGCUGGUGGUCGGCGUGUUCGCCGUGUGCUGGUUCCCCCUCAACUGCUACGUGGUGCUGCUGUCCAGCCAGGCCAUCCACUCGUCCAACGCCCUGUACUUCUGCUUCCACUGGCUGGCCAUGAGCUCCACCUGCUACAACCCCUUCAUCUACUGCUGCCUGAACCCCGCGUUCCGGCAGGAGCUGCGGCUGCUGGUGCGCGUGUGCGCCGGGAGCCGCGGGGCGGCGGUCGGCGCCGGGCCGGAGCCGCGGCCCGCGGACGCCGGCGCCCCGCGCCGCAGGGUCGCGUGGCCCGACGACAACGAGUCCUCGAGGCCGCGGCGCGCGCCGUCGCGCUCGGGCCGCGACCCGCUGCAGCAGAGCCUCGCGUCGUCCAGUCAGUCCCACAACCGGAAGGAGACGCACGUGCUCUUCACGGCCAAGCGGGCGCUCGCCGGCAGGACCGACAUCCUCUCAGUGGAGCCCAUCGUGGCUGUGAGUUGACUGGACACCGGCACCUUGUGAAGAUGUGCGUUUCAUAUUCUUCAUCCUGCUCAGAAAGGACAGCCUGUCAUUGAUCUGUGACCAGAUCCACAUUGGAGCUGACUUUUGUCUGUAGUUUUUUGAGCUGCCUUCACUUACGCCAUCCAACGACAGUUAGCAGCUCCUUCAAGCAUUUCCUCUUUAAGUCCCUAUUACUUCUUGCGGAAUUUGUGUUUGACUCUUCAAAGCAGUCUCAGUAAAAGGUCCCUUUAGCAGAUGUUGUGCGCUAAAUCACUUUUUAGCCAUUCUUUAUGAAUGAAUUUGUCGUAAAACUGCUUCAGCGAGUUGCUUAAUAAUGUAUAGUAUAAAUAAGUCAAAUGUUCACCAGCCGCAAUAGAAUCUGAUGUAAAACCUUUUUUAACAUGUCGUGUAAAAUAAUGAUAUUGAUGAUUUGUUUACAGGACUACAGUGUUGUCUGACUGGCAGGGUAUCAGCAAAGUUCAUUCGUCUCCCAAAUCCUUUCUUCAGCCAGCUGCUCAUUGGAGAUUUGCCCUCACAACUUUGGUUUACCAGGCUCCUCACGAGCACAGAAUCCCCCUGGGUAUACAACACAGUGUGAUCAAGCUAUGUGUUCAUUAAUUCAAAUGCCACUUCAAACAUUUAUUUAAUCUCGCUUUGAUUGACUGACAUCUUAGGUAUUUUUUAAUUGGCACAAAGGAAAGCUUUUUCUUAAAGGUCCUGCAUAGUUGUCUGGUGUCUGGGAGAGGAUUCAUUGGAGUUUUUCUUUUUUCAGUAAAACUCUCAUUGUGGGUCUUAUGCACUGUGAAAUACAUCCAUUGAAUUAUUUAAAUUUGCAGCUCUAAUGCCCUCAGCAGGAUUCAAGAAAACAUUUUAAAAAUCAGGAAAAGCAAUACGAGAGUUGGUGUCGUGAGUAAUAAGACAACAGUUGAGAGCAGAGACAAAAUGUCACCCUCAACACAGCUUUUUUCAGCAGCUUUUACAUGUAUUGCACAUUGGAACAUUUAUGUCUCAUUAAAUGUGACCCCAAUUAAAAAAAAUCUCAUCAGACGGAUAUUUAGCUUUCAUUCAGCCUCUUUUAAUUACUGUUUAAUGGUGUUCUUAUACACCAUAGGAUAUGUGUGACAGAAAAAUAGUUUUUUUUUUUUCUGAUGAUCUGACUGUGGCAAAUCAGAUGAUAAUCACAGCUGGAUCUGUGCAAAGCGUCACUUUAAUCCACUUUAAAGUGGACCUUUAAUGUGUCCAAUAUUUAUUAACGAUCAACAGCUGCACAGACACGUGAGUUUUAGUUUCUGAACAUUUACAGGACUGCACCUCAGCAGAGAUACUGAUCAGCCACUGUCUUUGUACUGAUCCCCCUGUUCUAAUGUACUUGGUUGUUUCAAAGACUGCACAAAAACCUGUGAGCCUGCAUUUACUUUCCUCAAGUCAAAAAUCUAACUUGAUAAUGACAAAAAAAUACAUGAGGAAACUUUAAAUAUUAAAGUCAAUGGCCUAUUAGUAGCAAAGUCACAGAGGUAUUAUCAUCAUCUUUUUCUUAUUUGAUAGUUCGUUCAUACUCUUCUGUGUUGGAAACAUGACUUCAUGCAUAGAGAUGAGAGAUGAUCACUAUCAUUUUGGUUCAUUCGCUUAAAUGCUUGCAGGUGGCAGAACAGAACUAAGCAACAACUUAGAAUCACAAAUCCUUUUUACUUGUUUGUCCAAUUCGAGCAGUUUUUCCAUUGGUAGCAUUCUAUAUUUAUAUUAUUUAUUUUAUAUUUAUAUUUAUUUUAUACUUCAUAUAUAAGACAACAUGUCCUCUGAGGCCAGAUUUUUGUCGCCACUUGUUGUAUGUGCAUGCAAUCAGUGCACAUGAAAAUAUGUUCUGGUCGUAUGACCCCCCCCCCCCCCCGUCUGUCAUUCUAUAAAAAACAUCAUGGAGCAAAAACAUUUUCUUAUAAAAGACUUGAAGUUCAAAUUCCAACAUCCUCUGUAACAUGUUGCUUCUACUGUAGUAGAUCAGGUCUGAGAUGGACAUGAAGCUAAGUUAAAAGCAGAUAGUGUUCAACCUUUGGCAUUAAGGGGUUUUCAGAAUAUUUGGAGCAAAAAAAAACCUAAAAGUAUUGAGCAGAUGGAGAUGUAGUGUACAUUUGAAUUUGUAAUGAAGUCAUGGUUAUGUGUUUUAAGCACAUACUGAAUGAUGAGUAUUUUACUGUAGCAAAGCAUAUUUAAAAAGAAGUGUUCACCUGAGAAUAAAAAAAGAGUUCACAGUUAAAAUGAAUAAUCUUGGGUAAAAUAUCUUUGUGAUACUGUGAAUUAGUUUGUGUGUUCGUGUGUCAGGCGCCUUUUACGCAUUAUUGCAGUACAAAUAUGCUGGAAAUGUAUUGUUAUGAGUGUUGUGAAAAAAUGUCCGAGCGAAGAUCGUAAAAUGUGUCUCAACAUGCAGUUUAAAAGAAAAAGACUGACUAGUUCUAUAUGUUGUCUCAGUGCAACUAAUGAGUCAGUCGUUUUUUCGUUGCAUAGUUUGCAUCAGAUGAAAUGAUGUCAAAAUAAAAUGUUCAUGUUUAUUUAAAACUGGUGUUUUAGUGUUAUGGCGCCGAAGAGUGGAACUCCCAACAACAACAAAAAAAUAUAUAUAUAUGGUAUAUAUAAUAUGUAGCAUUGUGAUCUAAGGUGUGAAGUAUGAAGCCUUUUUGGUUGGCUGUGAAAUGAAGUAGUGCCUCUGAAAUGAAGAUUGUAAAUGGGGAAGGCUGGUUGAAGGAAAUGGGUCCUUUUGUUACAUUUCCCCGUGAGGGCAGAAGCCAAACUCCGGCAUCCUGCCUCACACCGAGCUCUUCUUCCAACCUGCAGACGCUCCCAUUACCGCAAAAGAGAAAAACAUCAAAACUGCCACUAAAGAGCUGCAGGUGAAUCACUGGGACUCAUGCACUGUAACAAUGCGCUUCACAUUUUCCCGUCUCCGAUGGAAGACCCGCACUUGGAAAUGAGCGUGAUGACGAGCGUGUGAGCCAGCGAAGGUCACGGUGACCAGCGAUGCUUUUAUGGCCAAUGCAUAUCAGAGGAGAGGUGCUGCAACAGAAACCCACUGCUCUCGCUGUGACUCAGCGUGCCUCUGAUUGUGCAGCUGACCUGCCGCGUGCAUUUGGCCAUUAUGAAAAUGCCACAACUAAGCUGUAAUGACGGGAAAAGGGUGCAUGAGAACGACUCUGAAAGACUUGCAGCAGAACACUAAUUUGCACAUUUUCUGCAUUCACCUUUAUUGCAGCAUUGCUGUAACUAUGUACAUCUACUGUACUAAAAAUGCUCAUGAACACUGAAGUAACCGGAACAACAGUAACCAAGGUUCCUUUUAUCACCUCGCUACAGUAAAAAUCAUCACUUUUGUAGAUACGUUUGCUUACUUAUGCUGCAUCUUAGCUGCAACCAGUUACACUCAUUAAAAACUACAAAUAAAUCAAUCCUGCAACCACAAAUUGAUUUCUGAAAUAUUCCUAUAGGUUUAAAAGCUUGACAUACAAUGGGCAGUAACUACACUGUGUCAAAACAAGAGUGCUGAAAUAUCCUGAGAAUUGAUGAAAGCAUACGUGUAUAUUUUCGAGGCUUUCUUCAGCGUGUCAGUAUCACCUCCUUGCACUCUGGCGCUGAGCAUUUUGACAUUCUGCAUCUCACAGAAACAAGAUCACGAGCUCUUCUGCACUUUUUUGUCAGCUUCAGGGAGACACCGCUCUGAAACCCUCUACUGUGUCCUUGGUCCAGGACUCUUGUGUAUUUUUAUUUCAUUUCUCAUUCAUUUUCAUAUGAAGUAUUUUUGCAAACUGUACGUGUCCUGUCCCCUUUUCAAAGCCUGUGCAUAUGCUGCUUAUGUGAGCACACAUCUGCCGCUGAAGUUGCAUAAAACAAGCACAUCGUGGGCGAUGAACAGUCAUUUCUGGCGAUGCUGUUUGCCCCUCAGCCGAA